CUUCUCCAGGUCGAUCCAGUCCACCACAAACUCCGCCAUAUACCGUUUCCCUUCUUCCGACAUGACCCCUUCUCGAUCCAUCCACGCCGUCCCGCAACGCUCUGCCGCCCUCUGGUCUUCUAAAACGCAAUCCUGUAUCACAGUCCCCACGAGAGCUCUCAAGGCCGAGUCAGAGCUCGCGUCCCAGCACGCGUUCGCGUCCCAGCCCGAGUUCGCGUCCCAGCCCGAGUUCCAGCUAGACGGGCUUAUGGGGGAGAACAACUUGCCGCCGCGGCUCCGCUUCCCCUUCUUGGAAACGCACCCCUUACUCCCCCUCGGCGAGAUGUUUACCCAGCGCUCUUGCCACGAAGAGGUCGACACCUCGGCCCCGAAGGAGGGAACUGCCGCAGAAGGGUCCA